UCACGUCCCGUUAGUCUGUUGUGGUUCCUGUAAGAAGACGUCAUUAACGGAUUUGUACUUGACAAAUGGCGAGCUAGAACAACCGGAAAGCGUGAGCUGCGUCUCCGGAAGCUCAUUUCUCUCACCGAGACGUGUAUAUAGGUGUAUUUAUAUACCUAUUAGUUUAUUUUAGGGCUUCGUUUCUAUGGAAACGAGCUGUCUGGAGAACGGGAUGCCGUGUCAGAACCAGAAGCAGGUGAUCAGCGAAAGGCGCGAGCUCGAGCACGCGGCCAAGCAGGUGCGGUUCGCGGAGAAGAGCAGCAGCGCGAGCGCCGCUUCAGCACGAGGACACGGAGAACCGGAUAACGGUAACGGCUCCGGGAGCGACAUCGUGAAACAGAUCGGAUCUCAACUCAAACUUCUGCCCUUAAACGACCAGAUCCGAGAGCUGCAGACCAUCAUCCGGGACAAGUCCACCAGUCGAGGUGAUUUUGUGUUUUCUGCAGACAGAUUGAUAAGACUGGUGGUUGAAGAGGGACUCAAUCAGCUUCCAUACAGUGAAUGCACUGUGAUCACACCCACAGGUCACAAAUAUGAUGGGGUGAAGUUCGAGAAGGGAAACUGUGGUGUUAGCAUCAUGCGAAGUGGUGAGGCGAUGGAGCAGGGUCUGAGGGACUGCUGUAGGUCAAUCCGCAUCGGGAAGAUUCUCAUCCAGAGCGAUGAGGAGACUCAGAAAGCCAAAGUUUUUUAUGCCAAGUUUCCUCCUGACAUCAACCGCAGAAAGGUGCUGCUAAUGUACCCCAUACUGAGUACGGGUAACACGGUGAUUGAGGCGGUGAGGGUGCUAAAGGAACACGGACUCCAAGCUAAACACAUCAUACUGCUGAGUCUUUUCUCCACACCGCAUGGUGCAAGGUCCAUAGUAAAGGAGUUUCCUGACAUCACAAUCCUGACAACUGAGGUUCAUGAUGUCGCUCCCACACACUUCGGCCAGAGAUACUUCGGCACAGACUGACACUGACACACACACAAACACACACACACACACACACACACACUGAUUUCUGUUUGGUGUUUGUGACUCCUGCUCAGUCUUCUCACUGCGCUCUCAUUCCCAUCACAGACUGAACACACCACAGACGACGCUCAGUAACCAAAGUUUUUUUUUUUUUUUUUUUUUGGCCCCUCGUCCUCACAAGAACGUUUUAAUCAACUGACAGCAGAUCUUGUUAUUUGAGCUCUUGUUUUGCUUUCAUGUUACUGAACACAGCACGUGAACAUGUGGCUGUGUUCAGUCUCCACACUGACAGCGAUGUUCCAUAAACACCGUUCUCAUGGAAGUUUUUUUUUAAUACUCUUUACUUUAAUACAGUGUUCACACACACACAAGGAUAUCUGGACACUGAACACAGCUAACGUUCAUCCAACACAGAGAGCGACGUUAAACCACACAGGCUUUAUUCUGGAAACAGGAGAAGACGACGAUACUUGAACGUUCGUUAAGUCCAUAAAGCUUUUUAUCCAUCAAUCACCUCAGAAGCCACGCCCACACCUAAAACAUCUAUAAAAUCCGUUGUAGAUGUGAAGACUGAAACAAACCUGGACGUUCCAGAAAGUUCUGCAGUGUUCUGGAGCUUAGAAGACACAUUCCAGCUUCGGUGCUUACGCUCAUCCACCGGGUUUCUCCUCUAGGUUCUGCCCAAUCAGUGCUAUGAUGAUUAUAUAUUAUAUAUUAAAUAAAUAAAUAAUAUUUUCUACUACA